AUGGCGCAGUUUGUUCCUCAAGCAAGCUCACCUGAGCUACACUACUGCAAGAUUCUCGGACCCAUCUGGGUCAUCGCCAAGACGUUCAGCCAGCAUCGCAUCCGCUACGCUAUCGAAGGCGAGGCGGCGCUCUUGACCGAGAUCUGGACGUCGGAUACGCCUGCUGGCCUGUUCGUGUACGACGAGAUUGCGUUUCGCAAGGAGGAGCUCCGUAAUAUGGUCAUCGAGAUCUGGAUCCACCCCGACGACGUUGACGCGGUCCGACCCUCCUUGCCCGGCGCUUACCUCCCCUCUCAAGGCUCAGAGGGCUCCGCCAGCUACAUGCUGUAUGCCCCUGACUGGCACAGCAUUGGAUAUGGAACAGUACCUCAACCAUGGCAACUUCACCUGCGCUUCCAACACACGCGGCCCGAUGUCGAGCCCAAAAUGCUGCUUGAAGCAGGCGCAGGCAUGGACCAUGUCAUGGUCCCCAUCAAGACGGCCGCCGCGACCCUCCUCGAUUACUUCGUGACGAUCGUUGCGGCGAACCCGCUGGCUCACGGGGACGACUUCACACACAUCCCUCUCGCCACAUUCGACGUGCACAUGAUGGGUCUCAUCAUCAGGACGCAGCUCGCUUACAACGAGCUCCAGUCGUCCGAUUUCAGCAUCAACUUCUGGCGACGCGCUCUCCAUGACCUCGCCCGCGGCGGUCACCUGCCGAGGUCCGAGGUCCACCAGUACCGGAUGGACGAGCAAGAGUUCCUCAACGCCGUCUACAACAUCGUCACCUCCAACCCCUUCCCGCCGUGGGCUGCGGCCGCCGACUUCCACUUCAAGCACGAGCACGAGCACGACCUGCAUAAAUUCUUCGACGAGUGGCGCAGGUACAGUCAAGCCAUUGCACGCUUUGUGGCGCAAUACAUCCCGCACCGCAUCAGCACUCACCGAAACCAGCUCCAGCUUCCGGCGCCGCCUGGACACUCGCAGGGGGGAUCCGGCCACCACGUAGGCGAUCACUAG